GCUUGGAAGGUGCUCUCUCAUCCUGGGAUCGACUCUCAGAGAAUUGCCUUCCGUACUGCCUCCUUUGAAGGACCUCGUUAGCCGCACAAGUUGCGACUCCCUCGAGGAUCUUUCUUGACAUUUUUCUCUUUCCCACGUCAUUCGCUAUCUUCAAAGUCGCAACCGCCCGCCUGCUUUAUGCUCGGCCGUUAGUCACCUGAAAAGACCCGGUUGAAUCGAGAAAUGACGACACCGCCUCGUCGUACCAGCCUCGGGAUGUUACUACGACGCAGCAAGAGCAGUGAUCUGAAGAAACAGCAGGCUGCUAGGGAGCUGGAGCUGCAACGUCAGCGUGAUGCGGUCCCCAAGUCCCCGCCGCGCCUGCCUGUGCUCUACAAUGGCGCUCCUGCACCUCAACUAGGCCUUGGCGGCGACGCUCGUCCCGACUCUCUGGCCAUUGUUUCUGGGAGAGCUGAGCAAAUGACGAGCGCCCCUCCGAGGCCUUCCAUGGAGCCAUCUCGUUCUGCUAUCAACGUUCCCCCUCCCCCGAUUCCCAACGGCGGCUUUGACCCUUACGCGGGCACCCCCAGCAUGGCACACCGCGGCCGCUACAGCUAUGCCAGCAGCGCUAUCAGCACCAUCAACAGCCCUAGGAGGGUUCGGAGGAGGAAGGAUCCCACUCCUUUCAACAUCCUCAUCGUUGGUACCACCAAUUCGGGCAAGACUUCGUUCCUCGAAUUUCUCAAGACGGCGCUUGCUCUUCCGGCAAAGAAGCGAUCCAAGAGCACCAUCGAUGAAGAUGAAUUGCCGAGAGCGCCGCCUUCUGGCAACUUUAUCCCCCACUUCCUCGAAACCGAGAUCGACGGCGAGCGUAUUGGCGUCACCUUGUGGGAUUCCGAGGGCUUGGAAAAGAAUGUGGUGGACCUGCAGCUUCGCGAGAUGUCAAGCUUCCUGGAGAGCAAGUUUGAGGAGACCUUCGCCGAAGAAAUGAAGGUCGUGCGGUCCCCUGGGGUACAGGAUACCCACAUUCACGCGGUCUUCCUUGUCCUCGAUCCGUCGCGCCUCGACCGGAACAUCGCGGCCGCCAGGGCCGCGUCAGCCAAUGGUCAGCGCAACGGAGGCAGUCAUUACCCACACGCCCGCAUUCUGGGCAGCCUUGAUGAGGACCUUGAUCUGCAGGUUCUGCGGACGUUGCAGGGCAAGACGACCGUCAUCCCGGUAAUUUCCAAGGCCGACACCGUUACCACGAAGCAUAUGAACAUGCUAAAGAGGACCGUGGCGGAGAGCCUCAAGAAAGCGAAUCUCGACCCGUUGGAAGCACUUGGCCUCGAUGACGAGGGCGACUCAACAGGGGAUUCCGGCAGAAUUGAGGAAGAGGAAGAGGAGCAAGUAUCGGAGCAUGGCGAGGAGGAGGAGGAGGAGGUUGCUGGGUCAGCCGAGGAGUCGGAGCCGCCUGUUCAAACCCAGGAUUCGUCGCCUAAAUCCAAGCGCCUCUCCGGCGGUUCCACCCGUCGCAGCAAGGAGCCAGAGGAAAGUCUUAAGGAGGACGAGGUGCCCUUCCUACCCAUGUCGAUCCUCAGCCCGGAUAUCUACGAGCCCGACAUCGUCGGGCGCCAAUUCCCAUGGGGUUUCGCCGAUCCGUACAACGAGGAGCACUGCGACUUUGUCCGUCUUAAGGACACCGUCUUUAGCGAGUGGCGGGCUGAGCUCCGCGAGCUCAGCAGAGAGCAGUGGUACGAGGGGUGGAGAACGAGCAGGCUGAAGCAGCAGGGUGCGAAGGGACAUCGGUGAAGCCUUGCGAGGGACCGAUAAUAUCCCUCGGCUGCCUUGUUCUUCGGCCUUUUCUGAUGCCCAGCCACACACUGGUCACCUACGGGAAUGGACGAGGGGCAAAUGCCUGGUGCGCCCGAGGUCUCUUCGGCCUGCGCGUUUCCAAACAAUGACUUGGUAUUUUUU